ACCUAAGGUAUUUAACCUGUGACCGUGUGGAACGUCUGGUUUACUAUAUGUGUACGGAUAUUUCUUAUUUCACGGUGAGCAUUGGACGCUACCAAGAUGGCGGUGGUUAAUGGCAGCACGAUGUACUCGUGCAGCGUGUUCUACAUCGGUAAUGGGGCGCCCGCCAAGGACAAGAAAGGCAUCGAAGCACUGCAAGCCCCUCUCAUUGACAUGUACCGAGGAAAUGUUUCCAACGUGGAUGGAUUAGAGGUUACGGUAACGGUGAUGCCGGACGCCGUACACGUCAGAUACGCAAAUGACACCAAGCCGGAAUUUAUACUACCGAUCUCGACCUUAUCCAUCUGCGCAGCCGUCCGUUGUGUGGAGAGCCACGGAGACUUCGGAAACAUGAAGUUUGUCCCAGUUCAAUCCGUUAUCAUUGCGAAUGAGCCGGACUCGGAACAUCCAGCGAUCUUUGCGACAGUGAUGCGAGGUCACAUGGAUGACGGCGAUGCGUUGCUGUGUCACGCGUUCAUUUGCAAAUCAACUCGGGACGCGUUGCACCUAGUAAACGCUACACAGACAGCUCAUUCCGCUUACAAAAGCGGCUACAGCCCCACUGGCGCUAUGAACUUUUUUAUCGACCAGUCGACUGAAUUCGACCAGACGCGCUUCACACAGUCUGCCGAUACCCGGAAAGAGGACACAAACAAAAUUUACAUGUACCAGGAAGACUUCGACACUCGUCAGUACAACACUGAUUCAAAAACCUACGUUUCACGUCUGGAUGACGUCCACAUGGGGCGCACUGCUACUAGUAUGCGCUCGUACAAUACGGGAAACUUCGGUGUCGGUGCUGAAAGACAAAAUACGUUUUACAUAAAGGCCGGCGACUACCGUCAACCAUCACCGCCACCAGUUGUGGAGUCCGAGACCGUUAUUGUUAGGGCGGACGCCGAAAUACAACGCGCCCUUAUUCCGCAGCAGACGAUCGUUAUUGAUAAACCGGUCAUUGCCCCUCAAAAGCCAAUUGAAAUUCCCAAACCCAGGAUCAUUGAAAGACCUGUCAUGAUUGAACCUCCAGAACCGCCAAAGAUGGAGCGUCAAACAAUUUACGUCGACAAACCGGUCUUUAGGGAGAUGAAGUGGCCGGAACCCCCUCAGCCUCAGAUAAUUGAGCGACCAGUUUACAUAGAUCCACCUGCGCCGCCGAGACAGGAAAGACAGAAAAUUGUUGUAGACAAGCCGAUUGUUAAGGAGUAUCCGAAACCACCCACACCUCCACCGCCAAUGAUUGAGGAGAAUCCGAUCUACAUUGACCCACCUGAGUGGCCACGCCAGGUUCCACAGAAGAUCAUAGUUGAUAAGCCAGUUGUUAGACCGAUAGGCCCUGCGCCCCAGCCACCGCCGCCGGAAAUCGAAGAGAAAAUCGUGUACAUAGAUCCACCGGAUUAUCCACCGCAACGGGCACAUAGGAUUGUUGUCGAAAAGCCCAUGUUCAAUCAACCGAAACCGGCGCCUAGACCCCCAACACCUGAAAUCGUGGAAAAGAUGGUGUACAUCGAUCCCCCAGCGUACCCAAAACAAGAAGCACAUAGAAUUGUCGUGGAGAAGCCGAUCAUUAAAGAUCCCGGUCCGCCGCCACCGGCACCUGGGCCCAUUAUCAUCGAAAAACCUGUUUACAUUGACGCUCCGAAGUAUCCUCCACAGGAGCCGCAGAGGAUAAUUGUCGAAAAGAUGGUCCUACGCGACCGUGGUCCGCCACCACCGCCUCCGAAACCUAUUAUUAUUGAGAAAAUCGUGUACAUUGAUCCCCCUCCAUGGCCGAAACAGGAGCCGCAGCGGAUCAUUGUAGAGAAACCGGUGAUCCGCCAGCGCGCUCAGCCGCCUUCCCCAAAGCCGGUUUAUGUGGAUGUUCCAGUGUCGCCAAUGCCUGAACCGCAGAGGGUCAUAGUCCAGAAACCCAUGAUGCGAACUACGUAUGGUAUAUCUGAAACGCGCCGAGAGCAGUUGGCGCAUGGCUAUCAGUACCGAUACAGGCCUGGGGUGAACGUCAGAUCAACUAACGUUGUCCGCUCGCCGUCUACGCGAAGCGGUCAGCAACGAUUCUUUAGGUCUGAUUUCGGCGAAAAGAAAGGACGUGUCGUUGAUUAUAGAAGCGACACCGCCACCGUUAACCGCCCACAUGGGACGACUCGUGACUUCCUGUCUCGGGAGAAUCAGUCCAUGAAUUGGAACGCAUUCAGGCUGAGUAUCGAUCAAUAG